CGGUUUUUAAUAGGAAUAAAAUAUUAGAUCUAAAUUGAUCAGACAAUUGAUCAACAGAUCUACAGUGCACAUGUAGAAGAAAUAGUAGAGAACGCCGAAAACAAAGUAAAAAGAGAAUCACGAAAGCAAGAAACUUCUUUCAACAUUAUAGACUUUCGCUGAGAGAAACGAAGGAAAAGAAGCAAAAUAAAUGGACGCUGACAAAGCAAAUUCUUUGUAAUCAUAAAAAUCGUAUUCGCAGUACUGGCAUGGCUCAGAAAUAUAGAAUAGAAGCAUAAAGAGCUCAGGAUGGAUCACUUCACCACAACGUAUCAAAAGGAUUAUAUAUGGCCGUCCAGGAGGAUCCAACACGCGUCGCCUACGAUUCGCGAUGGAGAGCAUUGUCGAUGCGACACGGGUUCACGCGAAUUAAAAGUGAUCGAACUGUGCGGCGACCAGCAGAGUUGGAGCCGCACGGGUCCUAUGGGACGGCUUCUCGAUCCCAAGUUGUACCCCGCGAAAACUGGCCCUCACCCGGAAUCGGAAGUGACGAAAUUCGAUCAGCCGAACACUUAUCUGAGAAAACUAGAAGAAAAGCAUCCUAAUCUCUAUGGAAUUCUGAAAAGCUCGACAGAGGACGAGAUCAUUCAUCGAGUGGACCAGGAUCGAUUGAAGACGACAUACCAAGUGGACUAUGGCGAAAAAGGUGACGCAACGAUGCAGAAAAGAAUAGAAAGCGACAUCGACUCAGAGAAAUACAAGAAAAAUGGCAGACCUUCCGCUCGAGCUGAAUUGAUUAAGAAACGCAGUCAACGUGAUGAAAAGAGUAAAGCAAAAACAUUGAAAAAGAAAGGCGAAGAAGAGACUCAAGAAACACGACCACCUCCGUGGCGUUCCGAGUACCAAGAUAGUAUCAGUAAAUUAGGCAGUGCCAUUAUGAACUUGAGAAUUCAUCAAAGGAAAGCUCCGGCGCCAACAUGGGCAAUGGUGGUUAAAUAA